AUGCCUAUUGAGGAGCAGCUUUCGGCAAUGUUAAAUGAUACUGAUGAUGCUUCUGAUGACAAUUUCGAUGAUGAGGUUCUAGAUGAAGACUUUCUUCACAAUUUUGAAGAUUCUGACUCAGAUGAUGAUAAUGUGAUACCAACUGAAAUUUUCGUACCUUCAACUAGUGAUGGCGAGUGUUUAAAUUGGUCAGACCAAACAUAUCUCAUAAAAGAUAUUGAUUUUGAAGGAAAUCCAAUGGGGUUAAACGUACCACCAGAAGCAACUGAACCGAUCCAUUUUUUUAACUUAAUUAUGACUGAUGAUUUAAUUCAGGAUAUAAUUGAAAAAACCAAUCGUAAUGCAAGCAAUAUACUUGCAAAAAGUUUACCAGGGAGUCGAAUACAAUAUUGGAAAAAUGUUACUGUGUCAGAGUUCAGAGUAUUUCUGGUUCUACUUUUCCAUAUGGGUACGAUAAAAUUAAAUAGGAUACAAGAUUACUGGAAAAAGCACAGAUUAUUUAACCAGACCUGUUUUCGUGAACACAUGAGUCGGAAUCGUUUUUUACUAAUUCUAAGAGCAAUGCACUUUGGAAAUUUAGAAUCAGGAGAUAACAGAUUGGCGAAAAUUUCACCUUUGGUUAUGUUUUUCAAUAAUAGGAUGAGAGAAAUAUACAACCCUUUACAGAAUUUAUGCAUUGAUGAGUCCCUUGUAUUGUGGCGUGGUCGACAAUACAUCAAAAUUAAGAAUAAUAAAUAUGGCAUAAACUUAUAUAUUCUGACCGAUGCAAACGGCAUUAUACUAAAACAAAUAGUGUAUGCCGGCACAGGAGACCCAAUUGUAGGUGGAGUGAAUCAUUCCUCAAAAGUGGUUUUAAAUCUAUUACAUGAUUUUUUUAAUAAAGGUUACUCUGUCUAUAUGGACAAUUUUUAUAAUUCUGUGGAUCUGACAGAAAAGCUUUUGUCUGAAAGGACAUACUGCACGGGAAAAUUACGAUUAAAUCGAAAAAAGAACCCAAAGGACGUUACGACUAAAAAGUUAAAGAAAGGCGAAUGUGUCUCGCAGUACAACCAAAAUGGUGUUUGUGUCAUGAAAUGGCGGGAUAACAGAGAUGUUACUAUGAUAUCAUCACAAUUUAAUUCGCAAAUGAUUACUACCACUACAAGAAGAAAUACAGAGGUGUCAAAGCUUAAAAUGGUCGUCCAAUAUAAUCGUAACAUGGGUGGUAUAGAUCAUCAAGAUCAAAUGAUAGCGUACUAUUGCUGCGAACACAAGUCUAUCAGGUGGUACAUAAAAUUGGGAGUCCACCUAUUCCAACAAAUUCUGUACAAUUCAUUCACCUUGUCUAAUUUGUUUUCUGGCAAAAAAUUAAGUUACUACGAAUUCAGGCAACAAUUGUAG